AUGGUUUCUCCCUUGCAGAACAGUCUCCAGACCCCCGUGAAUGUGACCUUGCAAGCCGUUCCAGGGAAGCUGUUAGUGAAGUGGGCCCCUCCCCCUUCCUGGUCUGACCACACCCUCUUCCCCCUGAAGUACCAAGUCAGAUACCACUGGAACAACAAGGAUACCCCACAUGAGAUCACUUUCGAUCCGUUUGAGGACACCAAGAAAGUUCUACCAGGCCUGUCUCCUGGGAGGUCUUAUCUAGUUCAGGUGUGUUCCAUGGAACUGAUGGGGCUGGGACAGAGCAGUGACUGGAGCCUACCUAUCACUGUCACUAUGCCUGCACACUGAACAACCACAUGU